AUGAAGAAAAAUGGUGGACCAGCUGCUUCUCCACGGACACGCAUUGGUUCUCGGGUCGUGCUGCGGUGGCCGUCCGCUGGAGGGCGCUGGGCGGGAGCCUCGGCGCUGCUGCGGCCGCUGCUGCUGCGGGUGGUGGCGCUGAGCGUCUUCGUCGCGCGCUCGCGGAGUACAGAGAAGGCACAUACUGCCUCCUCAUCAAGCCGCAGUGCACUGUCCACGCCCACCGUGCUCUCUGAGCAAAUGCAAUGCCUGAAUGAUGGGACCCAGAAUGGGAGCCAGGGUUUUUGUCCCUUGGGCUUCCAUGGUGACUGCUGUCAAUUCUCCCCCUCCACAGAGCAGUGUCAGAAUGGGACCAUCUGGAAUGGAGAAGAGUGUUUUUGUGCCCCAGGCUUCAUUUGUUAUCUGUAUCAGUCUCCUGUGGACUCCUUCAGUCUAGAAAUCCCGGAAAAAAUCAAUGCCACUGUAGGUGUGAAAGUGAAAGUGACAAACUGUAAUUUCACAACAGACCUGAACAACGUAUCCUCACAGGCUUACUUGAAUUUCUCUGAACAAUUCAAGAAACAGAUGGAUGAAGCUUACAAAGGCAAGGACUUUCCCCACUAUGGAGGCUUGAUCAUUAGGAGACUGCUCAAUGGCAGCGUUGUGGUGGAAUUUGACGUCAUCCUGGAGGCAAACUACACUUCAGCAUUUGAGGGACUGUUUGCAGACCUCAUUGAGAUCGUAAAGACCAAGACUAUGAAUGAGACCAAAAGGCUACCUCCAGAAUCUAAGGAAUGCAAAGGCUUCUCAACUCUGUGUUUCAACGAGGAGGCCACCACUGUGAGCAAGACCGUGAAGCUGGGUUUUGACUUGAAGGAGCAAUGCAGCCAGAAGGCUGCGAAGGACUUUGCCGCAUUCUACUAUGUGGAGGAGCUAAACGGGAACCCAACCUGUGUGACCAAGUGCACCUCGGGGACAAAGUCACAACUGAAUUGUCACCAGGGCAAGUGCCAGCUGGAGCAAAGUGGUCCCCGCUGCCUAUGCCCAACCUCGGACACGCACUGGCACCUGGGAGAGACCUGUGGGGUCAUCAUCAGCAAGAGCAUGGUGUACUGGAUUGUGGGGGCUGUGGUGGUGCUGCUGCUGAUCCUGGUGGUUGCCCUGUCCAUCUUCCUCAGCCGAUCCAAGAGAAAACUGCACCGCAGGCAAGAACACAAUCUGUUUCGAGAGUGGCAAAAAGAAGGCAUCCUCGGCAGUUUCCAGAAUGCACACGUCUGGGAAGAUCAGAAUCUGAGGGACAGAUUCGGCCUUGCAAACGCCUACAACCACUUCCGGCCCUCUCUGGGGAACAUUGACUCCAACACAGAGUUCCGCAUUGAGAGGCCCCAGGUGGUGACACCUGCUCCUUGA